AAAAACUACAAUUACAGGGAGAAGCAAGGCGCAGGUUUAGUAACAGUGCCUUAUCUUUAAGCAGCACCAAGGUUGAGUGAGGUUGGAACCAGGGAGUAGCGGGACUGAAGGCCUGGAUUUGGCGGCCAGAAGGAAGGAGCAGCGUGGCUUCCCUCUCCUCCUCUCAUGUCCCCUCCCUGUGUGUCCUUGCAUGUCAGUGCCCCCUCGUCUCCCCCACCCCUGUGUCUCACCCCCUCAGCCCUUUGUGUUCCUCCCCCUCAUGCUCGGGACAGACUGGCCUCACUGUCAGACCAAUGACUGCUUGGAUUAUACUGCCUGUCAGUCUGGCUGCCUUCUCUAUCACUGGAAUAUGGAUAGUGUAUGCUAUGGCUGUAAUGAACCACCAUGUUUGUCCUGUUGAAAACUGGUCGUACAAUGUGACAUGCACAGAGGAAACGGCCAAGCCAGGAUUCCCGAAAACAUGCUGCACACUUCAAGACAUCCCCCUCAUCAGUAAAUGUGGAUCAUACCCUCCUGAGAGCUGUCUGUUCAGUCUUAUCGGGAAUGUGGGAGCUUUCAUGGUGGUUUUGGUGUGUCUGCUUCGGUACGCUCAGAUCAUCGAGCACAGGAGCCACUGCUGGUUGAACACCAGUGGACUCGUGUCUGGAUGCACCAAUGCUGUAGGACUGGUCAUUGUGGGCAACUUCCAGGUGGACCAUGCUAAAACACUUCACUAUGUAGGUGCAGGCGCUGCCUUUCCAGCAGGCAUUCUAUUCGUGUGUUUGCAGUGUGUGCUGACAUAUCGGCUGGCUGUCACUGCUUUGGACUACUGGAUGGCUUAUGUGCGAGUGGCACUGGCUACCUGUUCUCUCGUCACACUGGUUCUCAGUGGAAUAUUCUUCAUCCAUGAGAGCUUUGUGCUACAACAUGCAGCAGCCAUCUGUGAAUGGGUAUUCACUGUAGUCAUCCUUGUAUUCUACGGAACUUUCACCUACGAAUUCGGCACCGUCACAACUGACACCAUGUUGGCUGGCCUCCAGCUGAACCUAUCACAUGGGCCUGGUGUCAUUAUUGGAGACGAUGUCCAAGGAGGUGCCACAAAGGGUCUGAAAUCUCCAGGAGGAAGCAGUACCUCCACCCAUCUGAACUGCACUCCUGAGAACAUUGCAAUGCUUUAAUCCUCUUUAUUAACACAUUCACAUACAGGGUGGGAGGCUUCAAAGUGGUGCUUCCUACAUUAAAGACUACACUAAGCAUAGAUUAAACUGAUAAAGGUUUAGAGGAACCGUCCAGUAAAGUCAAGGAAGGUAAAAGGGAUGGUUCAUGCAAAUAUUCAUCAUUUGCUUACCCUCAUGUUGUCCCAUAUCAAUAUGACUUUCGUUCUUCAGUGUAACACAAAGAGAGCGGUUGGGCAGAAUUACAGCCUCAGUCACCUUUCUGUUUCAAUGAAAGUUAAUGGUGACCAUCUCCUUUUGUGUUCCAUGGAAAAAGUCAUAUGGGUUAGAACAACAGAGUAAAUGAUGACAACAUUUUCAAAUUUGGGUGAACUAUCCCUUUUAAAAUAGAUCGGCUUUAUAGGUAUGACUCUUGUGUAUUACGGUUUGAGAUUUUAAAUUUGUCUUUUCCAUGGGCUGUUUUUGGAUGAGAAUCACAGACUGGGAAUUUUAUUAAAGAUAAAGGUGCAUAUUUUAGCUCCGCUUUAAGGCUGUUGUUGUUGUAGCACAAAUCAAAUGGUUUGUGAGGCUACUUUGCUGUUGCUUGAACUGUUGCACUGGGCAAUGGAAUAUGUUUUUACCGUCACGUUUGCACAAAUGUUUCAGGGGUGUCUCUUUUUGAGCUUGCUUCUAUUUGCCCAGCCUUACUGAUGCAAAUAGAUGAUUUGCACGUAACAAAAUGAAUGAACUCUUAGUUUUAAGUUCUUUUUACUUUAAUGAUUUAUGGAAUUGCAGACUUAUCAGGAUCAAAGUAUUCGUUUUUUAAAACCAUGAAUGUCAAAGAGUUUUUUUAAAACCGUGAAUGUCAAAGAUGUAAACUGUAGCUUGAGAGCACCUAUUAUUUUAGAAUCAGAAGAUUGAAAUCCAAAUCUCAUUGAAGCUGUUGAAUCAGCAAUUAUUCUUAUUCUACAAUGUUUAAAAAAAAUUGUAAUUGUGACCUUUUAAUGAUGCAGUUCGUAAGAAUUUAUUUUCAUGUUGGCUUGCUUUAGUAUGGAGCCACUUAGAGGAAAGGGUGGGAAUUUUCUAAAAUAGUUUGCAUUCCCUCACAAUAUGUUUUGUGUGCCCUCACAAUAGUUGUAAUAAACCAUAGUAACCACAAGUAUCACCGUGGUUAAUCCAUGGUUAAUCUAUGGUUAGUACCACCAAAAACUACAUUCUACAAUAUUACUAAAAAUAUAGUUUUGGGAUUUGUGUAGUAAAACCAUAAUAACCACAAUAUUAUGAUUUUUAUUAUAAUAGGUUUUGUUUUCCUGAAUUAUUACUUUAGUUUCACUACAAAUAUCAUGGUUAAAAUAUGGGUACUCUAGUAAAACCAUGGUAGAUUUAUUGCGAGGUAAUGUAAAAUAUUUUUGCAAAACUAUUUCAGGAAAAGAAAAAAUCCUGCCCUGUCCUGGUAGGUGCUCUGUACUUUUGUGCUGUUUUAUUCUCAUUUUAAUUCACUGACAAGGUGGAUCUUGUUUUUCCUUUAGAGCACAGGGAAGUGAUGUAAUGUAAGGUGAAUAGCUCUAACUGCUGGCCUCCUGGUAUAUUAAAAAGUAGUCUAGAAUAAGUAAAUUCUUACUGUACCUUGAAAGUAGCUACAGGUAAAAAUGUUUUUGUAUUUCAUUUAAACUUUUUUUUUUUUUUUAUCUUGUUACUGUCUUAUGGGUCAUGAAACCAUUUACAAAAUGCCACAUCCAUUAAGCAAUUUACAUUGUGAUUUAUUAGCCUGCAUAUCUUUUCGUGGCAUAACUACUCAUAUGUUGUAAAGUUCAAGAGUCACCUCAUUAGCUGGUUUUAAAAGAGUGAUUUAUUUUUCGUAACCAAAGGUCAAUAUCACAAUUUUUAUUUUUACAAAUUUUCUGUUGCCAAAGUUUUCGUCUCGUUAAAUAUGUACUGUAUGCCUUUGAUUCAACAACUCUUAUGGUAUUGUUUUUCUGUGCUGCAGGAAGCCACCAAGAAAGCUAUGAUAUUUAGAAAAUGUUACCAGUGCAGCACAGCAAUAUUAUACAAUGUUGAAAUGCAUAAAUUAAUGAAAGCCAGCUGGUCUCCAGGCUGGAACCUAGGAAACUAUGGUUGAACCUUUUUAAAGUUAAGUGGUUAUGGUGGCCUUAAUGUUACUGUAAUGUCUGUUGAUUAUUCCAGACUGUCAAUCAAAGGAUCCUUAUUGCUUUUAAGGUGACUCCAAACUCAUUGUGCUUUUAAUGUUUUGAAAUUCACACAGAAAUGUGCCAGUUAAUGUCUCUGUUUGUUUUGUUGCCCUUCAAUGGGACAUGUUUGUGCUGCCUCAGUUUCAUGCCAAUGAUUACACAGUACAUUUUAGAUGUGGUCUUUAGGCAUCAUACAUAUUUAUCUCUGUUGACUAUUAUUGGAGAUUUAUUUGACACAUUGUUUCGCUGCUCUCAUGCAAGAGAGGAUUCGCAUGGCUGGUUAAAAGCUGCACUGUGCAACUGUUGCAUAGACAAAACCAUCUAUGAAAUAUAAUUUUGAAUGGCUUAUUGUAUUGCUACUGUACCUCUACAAGUACUAGUUGAUCAUUACAACAUGCUCAUAAGUCAAAUCAAGCCAAACUGCAUAUAUGAUAGAGGUAUAGGUCUUAGGACCUUAGAAAAUACAAAGCAUGUUUUUUGAGCAUAUGAACCUAAAGUUAAUAUUUUUGUCAUUUGCCUUUUUUCCACAUCCCAGCAUAAUGAGUGAGCAGCAAGGCUGAUGUAAUGGAUUGCAUACAACUGUUGGUAUAAAUGACAUGCAAUAUUUACCAUUGCCUUUUGUGCAUAUUACAUUAAAUUAUCAGACUAAUAUGGCAAUCAUUUAUAUGUCACUUUAGAGCAAAAUGUUGUGAAAAGAUUGUAGACGUAUUUUCUGUUUUAUAUUACUAUUUGAACUGAUUUAUACAAUUUUAAGGCCUGGUCUGAGGCUGUACUGCCACUGGAAAAUUGUCUAAUAUUUGUUAUUUUAUUUUGUUGCCAAAUUUUGCAAUGUAUCUGUGCAUGUAAGACAAUGUUGUUAGAGCCUACAUAUAAUAUGUCCUUAAAUAUAGGAUUAAAGACCCACCCAUAUUAGGAAAAGCCACACUCUUGAGGACUAUUUGAAUCUCCUCGCAUGAAAAUUAUCAAGCUAAGUGAAAUAGUUGGCUUUGUUUGAUGUUUCUUUCUUGAUGUAUUAUGACUUUGACCUUGUAUGUUGUUCUCUAGAUAAAAGUUAUUUUUCUGAUGCCUUUAAAUAAUGCAAUUGAAAUAUUUUUAUAAAAACAUAUCUGUUGGGAUUGGGACAAACACAUGAGGUACACACUCCAAAACUGAAAUAAAAAUGCAGAUAAUAUUUUUAUUUUAUAAAUUACUUAUGUAAAUAAGUAAGAUUUCCAUAUCAUUUCAUUGAUUUUCUUUGACAAGAGAUUUAUAUUGAAUAACUACCAAAAAAAAUCUGAUGAGAAAUAAACAA